AUGUCUCAAACAUCACAACCGUGGUUUACAGCCUCCGAGCUCCAGUUCCUCGACACCCUUUGUGCUGGACAGGCAAAACCAAUGCCAGGGACCAUGUGGCAGGUAAUUAUCAAUCAAUUCUUCAUGGAACAACCACGUCAUCUUUCCGGCGGUGAUCUUUACCGUUCGGAUCCUUGGCCUCGAAGAGUACGUAUUUCUCACAUUGUUCUUACUGAUCCGAGACUUCCCGUAGGCGAGAAUUUGGAGGUAGAACAGGCGAUUGUGACUUUGUUGGGUGUUGUUCAUGGUCCUGAACAGGAGCAAGAGGAAGAGCAAGAGCAAGUGCAGGAGCAAGAACAAGUGCAAGUGCAAAUGCAGCCACAAGAAGAUGAAAGUAUGAUACUUCCAGAAGGUAGUGUUCGGCUUCCAGCAGGUAACAUCCGACUUCCUGAAGGCAGCGUUUUACUUCCCGAUCGUAGUAUUCUUUUUCCCGACGGAAGACUUCUUCUCACCAAUGCUCCCGGCCAAGCUGCGCCAUUCAUCUUUCUUCCCGAUGGGCGAAUUCGUUUACCUAAUGGGAGAAUGUACCGCCCAAGUGGUAAUAUUAAUCGUCCAGUAGUUCCUCGACCUAAUAUUCGUUAUCGCAAUGAUAGAGCUUAUUUUCCUGAUGGGAGUAUGGUGCCGAUGACACCAAGCGCUCCUAUGACACCUACGGUUUCUACGACUCCAACGGUUCCUAUGACACCAAUCAUUGUUACGCCACCGAGAGCUCCUACAUCUCUCAUGGUCCCCAGUACCUCCAACAGUACGUCAUACAGAGCUCCUACAUCUCUUAUGGUCCCCAGUACGUAUAUCUCCAACAGUACAUCAUCCAGAGCUCCUACAUCUCUCACGGUCCCCAGUACCUCCAACAAUACACCAUCCAGAGCACCAACAUCUCUCAUGGUCCCCAGAACCCCCACCACUAUAACAUACAGAGCACUUACCGCGCCCAUGAUCCCCCGAACCCCCACCAUCACGCCCAGAAUUCCAAACCAUAGCCUCGAACUUCCCGGCAGUAAAUUCAAAUUACCCUCAGCAGCGAUUUCUGCAGCUACUGCUCUCGUCACCGUUCAUGAUGACCGGAGUCUUUUUUCUAAUGGGAGAUAUUUCUCUGAUGAUUUCAGUAGUCUUUAUACGGAGUAUAGUCCUUAUAGUUCUAGUAGUUCUUCUAGCUCGGCUUCUGGGUAUGGGAAGUGA